UUGAAGGCAGCAGCCCCCUGGUCUGAGCGGGUCUGGACUCUGGAAGUCGUGGACUACGUCAACAGAGGGAGAGGAGACCUCCCCAGCCCCCCAGAGCUCCGAAACAUCCUCCAAAUGUCCACAGAAGGAAACGGGCCGGUGGACACGUCUCAUCCGUGCGCAAAGACUGCGCACUGAACUCGGGACUAAAAUAAGUAGCUCUGAGCUUUUAAAAAAAACCCAAAACCACACAGAUCUUUUUUUUUUAUUCAAGCAGCAGGAAGAUGUUGGCGAGGAAGAGCAUCAUCCCGGAGGAGUUCGGGCUGCCGGGCCUCGCCUCCCGGAUGCCCCGCAAGCCGGUGUUCAGGGACCGCGUGAACAAGGCGCGCUUCAUCGCCAAGAACGGCUCCUGCAACCUGGCGCACAAGAACAUCCGCGAGCAGGGCCGCUUCCUGCAGGACGUCUUCACCACGCUGGUGGACCUCAAGUGGCGCUUCACGCUGGUCAUCUUCACCACCACCUUCGUCAGCAGCUGGCUGCUGUUCGCCAUGAGCUGGUGGCUGGUGGCCUUCGCGCACGGAGACCUGGACUCCGGGGACCCGGACUCGGCCUUCGCGCACGGAGACCUGGACUCCGGGGACCCGGACUCCGGAAACGUGACCCGCGGGGGGGACGCGGACCCGAGGUGGCAGAACAAGACCUACUGCGUCACGGAUGUCAAGUCGUUCACCUCGGCCUUCCUGUUCUCCAUCGAGGUUCAGGUGACCAUCGGCUUCGGGGGACGGAUGAUAACGGAGCACUGUCCGACCGCCAUCACCGUCCUCAUCAUGCAGAACAUCAUCGGGCUCAUCAUCAACGCCGUCAUGCUGGGGUGCAUCUUCAUGAAGACGGCUCAGUCCAACCGGCGGGCCGAGACGCUGAUCUUCAGCCGCCACGCCGUGAUCGCCGUGAGGAACAACUGCCUCUGCUUCAUGAUCCGCAUCGGGGACCUGAGGAAGAGCAUGAUCAUCGGAGCCACCGUCCGCCUGCAGGUGGUGAGGAAGACGACCACGCCGGAGGGGGAGGUGAUCCCCAUCCAUCAGAUCGACGUCGCCACGGAGACCGCCGUGGCCAGCAACAGCCUGUUCCUCCUCGCCCCGCUCAUCAUCUGCCACGUCAUCGACAAGAACAGCCCGCUGUACGACCUGUCGGCCAUGGAGCUCCAGUGCAGCGACCUGGAGGUCAUCGUCAUCCUGGAGGGCGUCGUGGAGACGACGGGGAUCACCACGCAGGCCCGCACCUCCUACAUCUCGGAGGAGAUCCAGUGGGGUCACCGCUUCGUCCCCAUAGUGACGGAGGAGGAGGGCGUGUACUCUGUGGACUACUCCAAGUUCGGUAACACAAUCAAGGUGACGACGCCGCGCUGCAGCGCCCGGGAACUGGACGAGAAGCCCUCCAUCUUGAUCCAGACCCUCCAGAAGAGCGAGCUGUCGCACCAGAACUCGCUGAGGAAGCGCAACUCCAUGCGGCGCAACAACUCCAUGCGCAAGAGCGCGGGGGGCGGCGCGGGCCCGCGGCGGAACAACUCGGGGCUCGCCUUGCCUAAAGUGCAGUUCUUCACCCCGGCCGAGGGGGGCCAGAACAUGAACGCGGUCACCUGACAUGAGGCCUGCCCCCUGCUGGCCGCACUGCUCCUCCUGGCGGCGAAGAGGACGGCGGGCGCGGCGGUUUCUCCGGCUCUGAUGGGACUCGCUCUUUUCCUGCCUCGUUUGGCACGUUUGUGCGCGCGGGGCGAUCUAGUCGCCGCUUGUUAUUGAUACGCGCUUGUCUCUUCGUCGCCGUUAAUACAAACAUUCAGGCCUUCAAGUCACAGAUUUACUUCUACUGGUGGCAACUAGUGGCAAUCAAUCAAUCACAGAACUGUACGCGUGUGUUUAUCACUUCAUACCGAAUAAAUGCACUCACUUCAUCA